GCCGUUAUUUCCUCAGGAGCCAAUAGAGAAGAGGAACGGCCGAGAGCUUCCUGAGUUCCGGGGUCGGCUAAAGAUGGCGGCUACCACUGGGAGCUGGUGCUUGUGCGAGUUAUUGCGGUUUUUUUAUUCAUUGUUCCUCCCGGGACUAAUUGUAUGUGGAGCUUUAUGUGUAUGUUUAGUACUUGUCCUGUGUGGAAUCAGACUGAUGCUACAAAGAAAGAAAAUGUCAUUAUCAACCAGCAAAAAUGGGAGAAAGCAGCUGGUGAUUGCAUUUUUUCAUCCAUAUUGCAAUGCUGGUGGUGGAGGAGAAAGAGUUUUAUGGUGUGCUUUGAGAGCCCUUCAGAAAAAGUAUCCUGAGGCAGUAUACAUUAUUUAUACUGGUGAUGUUAAUGUCACUGGUCAACAGAUACUAGAAGGUGCUUUCAGAAGAUUUAACAUCAGAUUAAUUCAUCCAGUGAAAUUUGUGUUCUUAAAGAAACGCUACCUUGUGGAAGAUUCACGCUACCCUCACUUCACACUCUUGGGCCAAAGUCUUGGCUCCAUUGUCCUUGGCUGGGAGGCGUUGAUGCAGUAUGUUCCUGAUGUUUACAUUGAUUCCAUGGGCUACGCGUUCACAUUCCCUCUGUUUAAGUAUGUAGGAGGUUGCCGAAUUGGAAGUUAUGUUCAUUACCCCACUAUCAGCACUGACAUGCUGUCUGUGGUGAAGAAUCAAAGUGUUGGCUUUAAUAAUGCAGCCUUCAUUACCAGGAAUCCUUUUCUCAGCAAAGUAAAACUCAUCUACUACUAUUUGUUUGCCUUUCUUUAUGGGCUUGUUGGUUCUUGCAGUGAUGUGGUCAUGGUGAAUUCUUCUUGGACCCUAAACCAUAUUCUUGCACUUUGGAAGGUUGGGCAUUGCACUAACAUUGUUUAUCCACCUUGUGAUGUGCAGACAUUUCUGGACAUUCCCUUAAAUGAGAAACAGAAAACCCCAGGACAUUUACUGGUUUCCAUUGGCCAGUUCAGGCCUGAAAAGGAUCACUCUUUGCAGAUCAGAGCCUUUGCUAAAUUGCUGUGUAAGAAGACAGCUGAGUCACCCUCUCUACUCAAACUCAUCCUCAUUGGAGGUUGUCGUAACAAAGAAGAUGAACUCAGAGUAAACCAACUGAGAAGGCUGUCCGAGGAUUUAGGGGUUCAAGAACAUGUGGAAUUUAAAAUAAACAUUCCAUUUGAGGAAUUAAAGAAUUAUUUGUCUGAAGCAACAAUUGGUCUGCACACCAUGUGGAAUGAGCAUUUUGGGAUUGGAGUUGUGGAGUGUAUGGCAGCUGGCACAAUUAUCCUUGCACACAACUCAGGGGGUCCAAAGCUGGACAUCGUUAUUCCUCAUGAAGGAGAUAUAACUGGAUUUCUGGCUGAGACCGAAGAUGGCUAUGCUGAGACUAUGGCUCAUAUUCUCUCCCUGUCUGCAGAAAAGAGACUCCAGAUCAGAAAAAAUGCUCGUGCAUCUGUAAGCAGAUUUUCGGACCAAGAGUUUGAAGUGACAUUCCUGUCAUCUGUGGAGAAAUUAUUUAAAUAAUCCUAGAUCUGUAUAUAUUAAAGGUAUUUUAUAUUAAAUAGUUGGGUUUGUAGGUGUAGCUCACAGUUAAAGCACAUACUCCAUAUGGGUGAGGGCCUGGGUUCAAUCCCCAGCACCAAAACUUAAAAUGGUUAAUUACCCCUUCAUAUGUAAAUACUUUUCUAUACUUAUUUCUGUUAUAAUCAAGUCAGUCUGAACAGUGUUCUCAGCAGUAUGUGUUUAGAAAAAGUAUUUUAUUGAGAAAAGGCCAAAUUACCUAAAUGGAAAACGCACUCUUACAUAUCCUAAUAUAACAAUUUAGAUUAAUAUGUGGUCUUCGGUUUUACAAAAUGCAGAACUGAAAGAAAAACAUUAACAACUGAAUUUGGUAUAAUCCAUAUUUUUAUGUUCUGUUUUUGAAAUCACUCAACAGGAAAAAUUCUCUUUAUUUGA